AAUCUAUUAUGAGCAGCGCCUGCACCAACUGUGGAUGUUUGUCUGAUUUGGAUUAACAACAUGAUUGAGCGCGUAUCAGCAAAAUGGACCAGUUACAGUUUCUGGAGAGCAAAAUACAGUACAGCAUGCAAAAAAGUAAUCUGUUUUUAAAAAAUAUUGGUGUUUGAUGCAGACUAAAAUGUUAUUCUGCGCAUGAUGACGCGCAAAAGUACGUAUGUCUCCGCUUCACACAGCUAGCUUGCAGGAAGUAUGUUGAAUCCGUGGAGAAAAAAAUUACCGAAGAACCAAAGUCGGUUGUUGAUCUGAAAAAAUAACAAGUCUCCUAAAUGAGAACGCAAAUGCUGUGUUUUUCAGAUUCGGCAUCAUUCGCUCUGGUGCAAAGAACGUCAUUAAACGGGAGCCUGUUACGCAAAUGCAGUAAGCCAAGUGCUCUUCCAGUGCCAGCUCCGUGUCCAGAUCCUUCCAGUGCUGCCCUGACGGGGUGGUAUUGAAUGGCUGAAAGAGAAGACUUUCUUCAGCUCUGGGAAGAAAAUGGCUAACGCCACAGAGUCCAAGAGCUAAGACUCUAUUUUACCCUUGUCUACUUUGUUUAUUAUCUUGAGAUUUGAAUACCCCUUCCUUAAAUGUAUACGCCUACUAUGGCAAUGCAUGAUAUGAGCCGUGUCAAGGGUUUCCCCUGUAAAGAGUGUGAUAUGGUUUGCCCCAGUACCCCUAGUCUAUUAGAACACAUGAAGGCUCACUACCAGCAAGAAGAAAAUGGCAGGUUUGAGUGUGAGCAAUGUGGCCGCAUCUAUAAGCAUGCUGGCAGCCUGGCCAACCAUAAGAAAUCCCAUGAAGUGGGUUCCUUUCAGUGCCCAGUCUGCACCAGAACCCUGCCCAAUGCUGUGGCUCUGAAGAACCACCUCCGUAUCCACACCCUAUCCCCAAGCAGUGCCCAGGCAGAGGAAGACGGUGGUGACGAAGGCGCUGAAGACGGACAUGAUGAGAGGAACUAUGGUCUUGCACAGGACCUGUCUGAUGGCUUUGCCCGCAGUCACCUGAACAACAGUGGAAUGGGUCAUGGUGUGAUGUCACAUGACCCAGAUGAUCAUAAGAAGUCACCUGUAACCGAUGAUGCCUGGGAUCGUCCAUUCAAAUGCGAUCAGUGUGAUAGGACCUACCGCCACCAUGGGAGCCUGGUUAAUCACAAGAAAUGUCAUCAGGAAGGGGCGUUCAAGUGCACCGUCUGUUACAAGCAGUUCAACAACCUGGCUGCUCUCAAUGGUCAUGAGCGAACCCACUCAAAGUUUAAGACUCCUGGAGCAUCGAUGGUUAACAACAUACAUGACUCUGUGACUGAUCAGCGUUCGUCUGCUCCCCAAACCGAUGAUGCAGCUAACUGCUUCUGCCACCUGUGCCAGGUAGCUUUGCCCAACAAGAGUGACUUCCAGGAGCACAUCCUGUUGCAUAAUGCAGCCUCCUCUUCACUGGGUCUUUCCCGUAGUUUCCCUGGGAUAAUGGCGCACAAUCUCAGCACUGUCCGCUCCCCAGCAUACACACCUGCCCUGGGUGACCCUCUGCCCCUUCCUCCUUUGCCAAAUGAUAAACGUGGCCCCUUUGACCCAAUGCUUGGACCUCCUGUUAAUAAUCCCAUUUACACUUGUGCAUACUGUGGGGCUGGGCAUCCUGAUCUGGAGAGCCUCAAAGUUCAUUACCUGACCCAUGACCCCCACCCAGGCUCCCAUGGUCAGGAUGGUAUCCUGAACACUGAUGGGAUUGGCUCUAACUCUAACCCAUCACCAUCUGGAGAGAGAGUGCAAUCUUCUUCUGAUGAUGGCGAACGUCGUUUCAAGUGUCAGGAUUGUGGGAAAAGCUACCGCCAUGCUGGAAGCCUGGUCAACCACAAGCGCUCCCACCAGACUGGCCUCUACCAGUGUACCAUCUGCUGCAAGCAGUAUCCGCACUUGGCAGCCUUGCAUAGCCACCUCCGCAGCCAUAAGGGAAGAACAUCCAACCAAUCAUCCCUCAACACUGAAGGCGACUGGCUCUCCUCUGAACCCCUGACACUUGACUCUCAGAAUAGUUAUGUGCAGGAGGGGAGCGGCGCAACCACCCCUAUCUCCCUCCCUGGAAAUCUUGGUGACGCUGCUCACUUUGUACCUGAUGGUGGACACAGCAGUGGCUUGGAUUCACUGGAGUUCCAUGACCGAUUUGAUGGCUCCCUUGCCCAGAGCAACUCUGGGCACUCCCCUCUUCCCCAGAACCACCGCCAGGCUGAUAGACACAUGUGCACUGACUGUGGAGAAAUGUAUGGAGACAUCUCUGGCAUCAAGUCUCACAUGUGCCCCCAACGGCGACAGAACCAGGGGAUGUCCAAUGGAUUCAUGGGAAACAUGAGUGGCUACAACAGUCCUGGAGGCGCUGCGCUCCCUUCAGGUGGAGGAAAUGUGAAAGAGAGCAAUGGACAGCGCUCUCAGUAUGGUUCUCAGUCCCAUGCCCAAGGAGGGGGGAAAAGGAUGAAUAAAGAAGAUGAAGAUGAUGGUGAAGUGUACCAGUGCUCCGUGUGUGGAAACCAUUAUGCCAGCCUCAGAGCUCUGAGGAGCCAUCUGCGCAGCCAUGCUAACAAUCCCACAGGGCCUGGGACUUCGGCACUUUCUCCUAACGGUGAGGCAGACUGGAGGAUUAUCUGCAGCACCUGUGGCCAGAGCUUCUCCAGAAAGCAAGACCUGUUAAACCACCAACUGAUUCAUGGGCCACAAAGGUCAGAUGCAGCAGCGCAGAGCAUGGGGGCCGAUCCCGCCAAUACUAAUGGAAAAAUGGAUGGUGAUGGGAGGAAUCACAUUUGCGUUGACUGUGGCAUGUUCUUUGCUGAUCGCCAUCACCUGAUUACUCACCUGUGUCCUGGGAAGGGAAGAGGAGGAGUGCUGAGCAAAGAAGGAUUGAAUGGCGCUAAAGGGAUGACUGGCGGAGACGGAGUUGGUGGCGGCGGAGUUGGAGGACCUGGGGGCAGUCGUGAUAUGGGAGGACAGGACCGUAGACAACAGAUGCCAGAUUCGGAGGAUCGACCCCACAAAUGUGACCAGUGUGGAAGGGGCUACAGGCACCCUUGCUCCCUGCUCAACCACAAGAAAUCUCACAAGACCGGAGUCUUCAGAUGCCUUGUCUGCCAGAAGCGCUACUACAACCUGCUUGCCCUCAAGAACCACCAGAGGACCCACUUUGAUUUAAAAAGCAAGGCUGCCGCUGGCACAGGGAGAAGCGGUCCCCAAGUGGCACCCGAUUCCGAAACGAUGGCUUUACUUGAAUGGCACAAGUGUGAGGAGUGUGGGAAGGCCUUCAAGAUCCAGAAGCAGCUGGAAAACCACCUUCGGCUCCAUGAAGAACACAGAGCAAAGGCUCACGCCCAGCUCGCAAAACUAGGCAAUGGAAGGUAUCAAGGAGGACCCUCUGGCAUGCAGGCCAUGAGAGGAGAAUCGUCCAAAUCCCAGAACCCUGGAAUGGGGGAAGUCAAGUAUGGACAACAACAACAAGGCUUCAAGCAACCCUACUCAGAGGCUGGCACUUCAAGGGCUCAGAAUUUUGAUCUACAAGAAGGGGGACGACGACCCUUCGCCUGUGAUGAGUGUGGACGGAGCUAUCGUCAUGCAGGUAGCUUGGCCAAUCACAAGAAUCUUCACAAAAUUGGCGAGUAUCACUGCAAUGUCUGCAACUCCACUUACCCGAACCGCCUGGCCAUGAAAAACCAUCUGCGUCUUCAUUUUGCCCUCAAGAAGCACACUUGCCAGGAGUGCGGCAAAGGAUUCCGUACCCAAAAGCAGCUGACCACCCACCACUCUGCACAGCUCUGCAAGGGGGCUGCAGGUGCUGUUGCUCAAAUGGAUUACGAGUGUGAUGGGUGCUGUGAGGGUUUCGCUACUGCAGACCAGCUGGCUGCACAUGACUGCCCUGCUCAGCAGCUCCCUUCAUCCUCUGCCUCCCUCAACAGCUCAAGCCUCAGCAUCGAUGGGGCUGACCUUGUGCCAGAUGAACGCCCCUACAGCUGUGACAUCUGCAACUGCUCUUACAAACAUGCCAGCAGCUUGCUGAACCACAAGCACACACACAAGACGGGCACCUUUACUUGCACCUACUGCGACAAGCCGUACUCCAACUACAUGGCCCUGCGCAACCACAUGCGCAUUCACACGCAGAAGAAGAGGCACAUCUGCCACCACUGUGGGAAAGCAUUCCGGCUAGCCAGAUUCCUCCGCAAUCACCAGAAGGUCCAUGAGGAGGGCCACACACGCUUUGGCUGCACCAGCUGCGGGAAGAGCUUCCAGGGGAGGUCAGGCCUGGCGAGGCACCGCUGCGGGGAGAACCAGGUAGGCAAGGAGGGCAGGAGGAUGGCCACUGCAAGCACGACAGGGGGAGAAGAGUGCCGGUACACAUGUGACCAGUGUGGCCGCUCCUACGCCCAUGCCAGCUCCCUCCUGAACCACAAAAACACCCACACCGUCGGCAUUUACCACUGUGCUGUGUGCCUCAAGACCUAUUCCAACCUCCUGGCCCUCAAGAACCACCGGCGCAUCCAUUCAGAGAUUCGGCGUCACCGCUGCCCAGAAUGCGGCAAGGCUUUCCGUGUCUCCUCCCAGCUCAACAGCCACCGUCGCGUCCACCUAAAGGAGAGGGAGCUAACUUGUGGCCCCUGCCAGCGCAGCUUCCCCAGCCAGGCCAGCUUCCGGCUCCACCAGGAGAUCUCCCACGGCCAAGCCCCCAGGCCCCCCCAGCAGAAACAGGCCAUGGCUGGGGGAGCCUCUGGGGGCACAUCCGGGGGCGGGAGCUCAGGCCUUAACUGGGACUCCGGCCUGGAUCUCACGCUGUUGCAGGCCCAAGGACUGGUCCCCAAUGGACUACCCAAAAUUAACUCCCUGUCCUUCCAAGGCCCCAGUGGCAGCAGGAGCCGUGGGGCGACGGGGACCAAGUCGCACGUCUGCAACCAGUGCGGCCGAGGCUACCUCCACGCCAGCUCCCUCCUCAACCACAAAAACAGUCACAAAACAGGCGCCUACUUCUGUAACUCCUGUCAGAAGGAGUUUCCCAACCUGAUGUCCCUCAAGAACCACCGGCGUAUUCACACUGAGCCCAAACGUUUCCAGUGCCCCGACUGCGGAAAGUCCUUCCGUGUGUCCACCCAGCUCAUCUGCCACAGGCGCAUCCACACCAAGGAAAAGCCCUUUUCCUGCCAGCAAUGCGACAAGCGCUUCUCCAGCAAGUCCAACCUGCGCCACCAUCAGAAGGUGCACUGGAGCAGCUCAGCGCCCCCCACCAUGGCCAUGGGCGCUGCCAGCUUCUUGGGUCAUCCACCAAUUGGCGCAGGGAGACCACCCAAGUCGCAUGUCUGUGACCAGUGCGACCGUGGUUACCGCCAUGCCGGAUCUCUCCAGAACCACAAGAACGUCCACAAGACAGGUGCCUAUUUCUGCAGCUCUUGUCAGAAGGAGUUCUCCAACCUGAUGGCUCUCAAGACCCAUCGGCGCAUCCACACUGAGGUCAAACGCCACCGGUGCUCAGAUUGUGGAAAGGCCUUUCGUGCUCCUAGCCAACUCAUCGUCCACCAGCGCAUUCACACCCAGGAGAAGCCCUUCUCCUGCCAGCAAUGCGCCAAACGCUUCUCCAGCCAGUCCAACCUACGCCACCACAUGAAGUUGCACUGGAGCGGCUCAGCUCCUUCCAGUUUCCUGGGUAAACCGGUAAUUGGUGUGGGGGCCAAAUCACACGUCUGUGACCAGUGUGGCCGUGCUUACCGUCACGCUAGCUCCCUCCUCAACCACAAGACCAUCCACAAGACAGGCGUUUAUUUCUGCCCCUCCUGUCAAAAGGAGUUUCACAAUCUGAACGCCCUCAAGAACCACCGGCGCAUCCAUACGGAGACUAAGCGCUACAAGUGCCCGGAGUGCGGAAAGUCCUUCCGUGUGUCCACCCAGCUCAUAAUCCACCGGCGCAUCCACACCAAGGAGAAACCCUUCUCCUGCCAGCAGUGCGACAAGCGCUUCUCCAGCAAUUCCAACCUGCGUCACCACAUGAAGUUGCAUUGGGGCAGCUCAGCACGACCUGUGCGCACCAAUGUGUCUGUGGCUGCUACCAGUGCCACCCUCUUGGCUCUGCCUCAGACCCAUAUCUAUACAAAGUAUGGGUGGGGGUGGGGAAAGGGGAAGCAUUGAAAUGCCAAGGUUCUGGAGGUGCCAAAACUCUUCUUCAUCCUCCUUCUCAUUCACCACCAUCCCCCCUUUGUUAUAGACUGUGAUAGAGCAGGUUUAUGUGGUUUAGACGCACAAGGCAAUGUGACCCCAGACAAGGGGAAAAAGUGGACUUGACAUGGACACUAUCUACACUGGUUAGGAUACAGGUUGCAUAAUCUUCACCCAUCCAAUCAGUUAGCUGUGCUUUACUGCAUUCACUCGUUGGCCUUUGCUAGUGUACAACAACCCUUCUGCCUGCAAUGGUACACCAGGAUUACUGGUAUAAAAAAAGUCAAUAUUAAGGUUUUGGGAUUGUUCCUUUUUGACUGCUGCACAUCAUAACAUCUCACCUGUUAAUCUUCAGUGAGGCCUUUGCUUGCGGCUUUUGUUGUGUCAUACAGUAUAAAAGAUAUUGAAGAGUAACUCGUGGAUUUCAAACAUAUGCGCGCAAUAUGUUGGAUUGAAGAGUUGAGAUGUACUUUGACAUUUUACAUUGUAAAGAUUGAGUUUUAAUGGUGAAUGUAGUCAUAUAGAACUGACCUGUAAUACAGAAUAUAGAACUGACCUGUAAUAUAGAACUGACCUGUAAUAUAGAAUAUAGAACUGACCUGUAAUAUAGAAUAUAGAACUGACCUGUAAUAUAGAAUAUAGAACUGACCUGUAAUAUAGAAUAUAGAACUGACCUGUAAUAUAGAAUAUAGAACUGACCUGUAAUAUAGAAUAUAGAACUGACCUGUAAUAUAGAAUAUAGAACUGACCUGAGGGUGUAUUGCUCUCUUGUGAGGCUCUAAUCGUUUUCUAGCUCGUGUGUUUCUGGCAGCACGAAGAUGAGCUUCAAACUUGUAUUAUUCUGCAGAUGACGACAAUGCUCUUAAUGGGUUGCUACUGUCUGACAUAACAUUUCUGUAUUUCUCCCAUUAUUUCAAAAUGGCUCUUGGCCCCAAUAUUUUAAACACUGCUCCUAGCCAGCAAGCACGUAUAGAUGAUUAAAAAAAACAUGGAUAAAACAUAAAGAAAUGUAUAUUGUUGGGCCGGUGCCUGCAUUUGGUUUUAACAUGUAUCAUAAUUAUACAUCUGACUGUAUUAUUCAUGGUAUGGCUUUUAUAAAUCAUUAUAGUAUGCUUUAGGAUCUCUCCGUUUAGGAGACAUGUUGUAACCACCCCUUGUCCUUACACUUACUCCAGACCAUUCAUCAUGUACAGUUGAAGUCUAAAAGUUUACAUACACUUAGGUUGGAGUCAUUAAAACUCAUUUUUCAACCACUCCACACAUUUCUUGUUAACAAACUAUAGUUGUGGCCCAGUCUGUUAGGACGUGGCGUUUGGAAAUUGCUCCCAAGGAUGAACCAGACUUGUGGAGGUCUACAAUUUUCUUUCUGAGGUCUUGGCUGAUUUCUUUAGAUUUUCCCAUGAUGUCAAGCAAAGAGGCACUGAGUUUGGUAGGCCUUGAAAGAUAGGCAUUGGAAUACAUUCGCAGGUACACCUCCAAUUGACUCAAAUGAUUUCAACUAUCAGAAGCUUCUAAAGCCAUGACAUAAUUUUCUGGAAUUUUCCAAGCUGUCUAAAGGCACAGUCAACUUAGUGUAAACUUCUGACCCACUGGAAUUGUGAUACAGUGAAUUAUAAGUGAAAUAAUCUGUCUGUAAAUUUUUUUGGGGAAAAUGACUUGUGUCAUAGCAACAUCUCAAGACAUCAGUCAGGAAGUUAAAGCUUGGUCGCGAAUGGGUCUUCCAAAUGGACAAUGACCCCAAGCAUACUUCCAAAGUUGUGGCAAAAUGUCUUAAGGACAACAAAGUCAAGGUAUUGGAGUGGCCAUCACAAAGCUCUGACCUCAAUCCUAUAGAACAUUUGUGGGUAGAACUGAAAAAGUGUGUGCGAGCAAGGACGCCUACAAACCUGACUCCGUUACACCAGCUCUGUCAGGAGGAAUGGGCCAAAAUUCACCCAACUUAUUGCGGGAAGCUUGUAGAAGGCUACCCGAAAGAUUUGACCCGAGUUAAACAAUUGAAAGGCAAUGCUACCAAAUACUAACUUCUGACCCACUGGGAAUGUGAUGAAAUAAAUAAAAGCUGAAAUAAAUCAUUCUCUCUACUAUUAUUCUCACAAUUUACAUUCUUAAAAUAAAGUGGGGAUCUUAACUGACCUAAAACAGGGAAUUUUUACUUGGAUUAAAUGUCAGGAAUUGUGAAAAACUGAGUUUAAAUGUAUUUGGCUAAGGUGUAUGUAAACUUCCAACUUCAACGGUAUGUAUAAUUGACAUGAAUUCAAGGAUGAAGGACUCUUUGACACUUUAAAUUGACUGUACUUCCUUAAGUUUCCCUUGUACAAUAAACAGGGAGCUGCUAUGUGUGUUUUAAUUGCAGUAUGAAGUUUAAGGAAGAUUAAGGAUUAUUGCUGACAUGUUUGCCUUUUGAGUGAUGUGUCUGUCUUCCCUCAACUCAGACUGGACACUUCUGUUUCACACACACACACAAAAAAAAAAACACAAACGGAUAACUUUGUAAAAGUUUAGUGCAUUUAUUAUGUUAAGAUUGUUACUCUUGUAUUGUAACCUUUGUAUUAAUUCAUUAGCUAGUAUUUCCAUAUACAAUUGUGUUAAAUUCAACUAUUCAAAGCUCUGUGUGAACGUAUUUUACUGGGAGUACUGCUAGUAAGUGAAAUAUAAAGUCACUGAAUUGAUUUAGGAGUAAUGUGAUGAAACUAGACCAGAGGACAACUGUAUAUUUGAGUUAUACCUGAAAAUAGUAUACAAAAUGGACACUUGAACCUUCAUUACAGCUAGUUUAGAAAUAAUUGCUUUUAACAAGUUUUAAUUUAAAGUUCUUACUUUUUGUAGUAUAUAUGUAAUGCUUACUAUACACUUUUAUAAACUAUGUUUUGAUUAUACAUUUCUUAACAAACCUGUCCAUAUUAUAACCCCUAAUGCGGAGUACUGAAAAUAAAAGCUGGGAAAAUGUG